AUGUCCGCACCUCCUGUCCCCGCGGGGGAGACCCACGUCGGAGACGCCGCCUUUGACUUCAUGGCCCUUAACAAGAAGUACACCGAGGAGAAAGAGAAGCGUCUCAGAGACGACGGCAACCACCAGUACGUCGAACUCGAGAGCGAGGAGCGCUUUCGCAAGCUGGCCGAGGACCCCUGGGUCGACCACGCUAAACUCAACUCCCAACCUUCAUGUCUGAAAGACGGCGAUGAGGUCAAGGUCGUCAUUCUCGGCGCUGGCUUCGGCGGCUUGCUGUACGCUAUCCGCUUCAUCCAGGCCGGCCUGAGAGCCGAGGACAUCCGUCUCGUCGACGUGGCCGGCGGCUUCGGUGGCACGUGGUACUGGAACCGCUACCCGGGUCUCAUGUGUGACGUUGAGAGCUACAUGUACAUGCCGCUUCUCGAGGAGACCGGGUACAUGCCGAAGCACAAGUACUCCUACGGGCCGGAGUUGUUGAAGCACGCCGAGCGGAUGGCCGAGAUGUGGAACCUCUCGGACAAGGCCAUCUUCCGGUCGCAGAUCAAGAGCUACGAGUGGGACGACGAGGCGAAGAGAUGGGACGUCGUCAUUGAGGAGGGCCGAGGACCUAGCGAGGAGCCCGUCACCAUGAAAGUCCGCUCGCAGUUCGUCGUUCUCGCCAAUGGCGUGUUGAACCACCCCAAGCUGGCGAAGAACCUCGAGGCCUUCGAGGGUGACAUGUUUCACACGGCAAGAUGGAACUAUGACGUGUCUGGUGGCCGGGAUAGUGCGCCCGAAAACCCUCAACUCACUGGUCUCGAGGGCAAGCGAGUCGGCAUCAUCGGCACCGGCGCGACUGGAGUGCAGGUGGUUCCUCAACUGGCCAAAUGGGCCAAGGAGGUCUACGUCUUCCAACGCACGCCCUCAGCCGUCGACGAGAGAGGCCAGAGACCUACCGAUCCUGAGGAGUUCAAGACGAAGAUCGCUAGCGGCACAGGCUGGCAGCGUCGUCGCACCGAGAACUUUAACGAAUGGAUUUCCGGCGAGCAGCCGGAGGAGAACCUCGUCAACGACGGCUGGACAACAUUGAAGGCUUACAAGGCCAUCAUCGGCGGACCCCACGACGCGCCGUUGAAGAUGGAGGACAUUCCUGGCCACAUUGGUAACCUGAUGGCUUUGGACACGCCUAGGUCGGAGCGUCUGCGUCAGAGGGUUCAGUCGAUCAUCAAGGAUGAGAAGACUGCCGAAGCCCUGAAAGCGUGGUACCCGGGCUGGUGUAAACGACCGACGUUCCACGAUGACUACCUCCCGGCUUUCAACCAACCCCACGUCCACUUGGUUGACACCGACGGCAAGGGCAUCGACCACGCGACCAAGAACUCCCUGGUCGUUGGAGGCACCGACUACCCUCUGGACAUCCUCGUCCUGAGUACCGGAUACCGACCGCCUGGCGAGAACAUGGCUGAGCCCUCCUCUCAGUCGAACAUGACAAUCAAGGGCCGCAACGGACGCCUCAUCUCAGAAAAGUGGCUGUCCGAGGGCCCUAGUACUCUUCAUGGAGUACUGGCCAGCGAGUUCCCCAAUCUCUUCCUCACCGGCCCGAUGCAGAUGGGCGCGUCUUCCAACUUUGCCUACGUGACGGACAUCGCAGCUCAACAUUCUGCUUACAUACUCGGGGAGGCGAUGAAGAGGGCGGGCAAGAGCACUGACAAGCUGGUCAUCGAAAGCACGCCGGAGGCCGAAGCUGCUUAUGCCGGACACAUUAUGAUGCAUGCUGCUUGGUUCGCCGCGCUUGGAAUCUGCACGCCUGGUUACAUCACAAACGAGGGCGAGAAGACUAAGCCGGAGGACCAGAUGAGGAAGAUGAGGGGUGCGCCCUUCCCUACAGGAAUGAAUUCGUUUGUCAAGUUCAUCGAGGAUUGGCGGGCUGAGGGGUCAAUGAAGGGAGUCAAUGUUACCGCAUAG